AUGACAGCUGGGGGUCUUUGGGCUGGUUCAGAAAUAGACAGUAGACCAAAAUACCGAGACGAGCAGACGCUAGUCGGUGGUACCGUGUGGUCGCAAGUUUUGAUACCUGUCGGAUUGAUCAUAUCUUCCACAGUCGAUGAGGAGCUGUAUAUAUUUGUUCAUGCAUAUUUCUUGUUCACCGGCUUUUUGCUGCUGAGUUUUACGGGAGUUGUUCUGAAUCGAUCCGAGGUAUCGUUAGCAACCAUUAAAUCUGAAACACAUACACAAAAAGAAGAGAUUUAUGUUCCACCCUUAGACCAAUUCAAUGUUAAAAUACAUGAUAUUCGAAUUCCUGAUGAGGAAGCAAGGCUCUAUACUGUCAAAGUUACGUUUUUUGAUCAGUUACUCUGUUCAAGUGUUAUCACAACAACUGGAGGAAGAGAAAUUGAGGAUUGUAGAAAGAGAGUCAUCGCAAGAGGCUUCAUGAAUUACGAUCCAUCGGAUUAUGAAAAGAUGUGUUUAUUUGCUGACACUCCACUUAUAAUUAAAAUAUAUCCUUUUAAAGAGGCGGAAUCCAUAUUAUCUGGUGUCUUCAAUAGCAGUACGACAGCUCAAUCCCAUUCUUCUAAAUCAUUAAGCACCAUGUCAAGUGAAAAAUUAGAAACCUAUGAGUGUACCAUCGACAUACUGCCGAUUUUUAUUGACACUAAUAAAAUGUUCUUCCAAAAACGAUUGGAACAAAUAGUAGUACCCUCAGUACUUUCAGUGAAAAGUUGGGAUAACCUUCCUCUCAUAACGUUAACUAUUAAAGCAAAACGAAAUAUUGAAAAUUUGAAACACCACAAAAUACUUAAAAAGGCUAACUUCAUGAAACUCACUCUUGUUGGUAGUUAUAAUAUGGUAAUUCCAUACGAUUCAGAAUUUACGUACACUGCAGCAUCGAAGUUACCUCUGGAAAAUGAAACGGGUAACAGUUUGGUAACGUUUAAUCAAGGAUAUGAAGUUCCAAAAAGAUUUAAUAGUCUUUCAUUUUACCCUGAAUGGGAAAGCUUGAGGGCUGCAGGAGACGCUUUUUGCAAGGGAGAUGAGAAAUUUGAUAACAGUAUAGAGGAAUUACAAAACGUAGAAAAUAUUGAUUUGGAAUAUUAUGAAAAGCAAACAUUAAAACCAUUUAACACAAUUUGGGCAUCUUUUCAUCGCUAUCUUUUUUUCAAAAAGAACGAACUUGGUCUCUCUGAACACUUACGAAGGUACAAUUGGCCAUUGGAAGUUCAUGUAUAUGGAGAAAACUGUGGUUAUAGUUUUAUAGCGUACCUUGAUUUAUUCAAAUUAUUGUACCCUGGCGAAACAAAAGCUCUUUUGUUGGUUCCUUUAAGAUGGAUUGAUACAGAAACCAUGGCUGUAAAAUGUGGAUGUGACCCGCUGAUUUCACCAAAUGAAAAGGCACCUUCAGUUCUUGCGACAGUUCAAAAGUCCAGCAAAGCUACAACAGAUUCAGUGCUUGCUAGUACAAAUACAGAAAUAUCACUACUUUCAAGGCCAACUGGUUCUGAUGGAAAUAGUGCUUUUGUCAUUGUUGAAGUGGUUCUUGCCAGGGCUUUUAAAAAUCCUGUCAUUCCUCCUAUCAUACCUGAGUCAGAAAUCGCUGAAAUGUUGGUGGAUCUGGAAUUAGAACCUACGAAGAGAUUUUGCACUGGUCGAGGGCAACAGGAAAAAUCUUGGAGUAAUAUUAUACGUCUAGCAUCCUCUGGUCUCUCGCAUGUGCCAUACUUCGGAAUGUCCGAUAUUUGCACAAUAAACAGACAGCUGAGUGAAACACGAACUCGUGUAGAGAUUGUCACAUCACUUUGGCAAGAAGCUGCAAUUUUCGUCAAUAAUAACUUUGUAGUACAUGAUUUCUUAAAUUCCGACGAAACGUUCCAGGAGAUGAUAAUGAUAGCGCACGCUUGUCUCAUGCGUAUAACAAAUGACGCUAUAAUAGAUUCAGAUACAAAACCUCCCCCACACUCCGUACAAAAAGCUGCUAGACACGCGAGACAGCUUCACGACCUAUCACAUGCUAUGGAUCUUUAUCUACAGUUAAUAGUGGAAGCACCUCGAGAAGCAGAUAGCUGGCGUGAAUUAGCUACGUGUUUAAGAGAUAUAGAUAGGGACUGGGCAAAUGUGUGCAUAGAUAAAUCAAUUAUGCUAAAUCCUAGACAUCCUUUGAGCCUUCUCUCAAAAAGCUGUAUGAUAUUCGAAGAAGAUCCCAAUGCAGCCGAGCCGUUCUUCUUAGCUCUUUUAGCAUUUUACCCGUUUUGGACUGCAAUCUGGGCAGCUGCAAGCGCUUAUUUUCUACACAAAGAAAUGUUUCAUAUGUCGGAUCAAAUAAUGGAACAAAUGAGAAAGACACAAGCAGAGAGCUUAGCGAAGGAGCCGAGAUUUCCUCGAACUUGGGAACAGGAACUGGGAGAGUGGUGGGAGGAAACCCCACUCUUACCUGGCACUAGUGUCUACUACGACGCUGCUGAUCUAUUGCUGAGAUUGCGAGGCAUUGACUUGGCAGAAAUAUGCAUAGCCAAAGCACUUUUGGAAGACGGAGACUCAGCCGUGUAUUACCAUAUGGUGGCUUUAUGCUGUAGACUCAAAGGAAAUUACGCAGAUGCUCUUUGUCAUCUACAAGAAGGAAUCGAUAAAUAUGGAGAAAUUAGUUAUCUUAGAAGCUUACAAGGCGAAUGCUAUCAUCGGACAAAAGAAUAUAAUUUAUCGAUGGCUUCUUUUGAAAAAUCAGGAAGUUGCAAAUCCGCUUAUACAACACUACUAUCGUUGCCUCGUCGUGAUGCAGGAAGAACUCGUUCCAUAUUAACAGAUCUGGUCCGACGUCACCCAAGCGCCUACGCAUGGAUGGCUUUCGCUGAUGAAUGGAUGACGCGCAGUGCAGUAGGUGAAGGCGGAGAUGCUAAUGUAACAGAUGAACAAAGAUCAGCUUUAGAAAAUGCAGAAAUGUGUGCGUUUACUGCCCUCCAAUAUGACAGACGGGCUGCUCGAGCCUGGGCGCUACUGGCCACGUGCCUCACACCUUCCGCUAGACGAAACUAUUGUAGAGAAAUGGCGAAACUGUGUGGUUUCGCGAAGAAUAUGGAUGACCGUCCAAAGUCCUGCAACCGAGAGUCCACAGAAUCAUUGUGUUUCCGUAUCGGCAGACCUCUAAGGGAAUGUCGAUGUACAAUGUGCGAACAUAUUUCUUUGUAG